AUGGAGUCUUCUGCUCUCCUCCCUGCUCAGGUGUCGGGGAGCACCACCCGGGAGGCUCCCAGGGCUCUGUUUCUCUCCCGGGGCUCCGUCAUGUCGUGCUUCUCCCAGCUGUGGCAUUCCAGCACUCCGGACUCUCCCACCAGCCCGACCCCUGCCUCUCCUGGUGAAGUCCCCAUCCCCAUCAGCCCCAUCGUGGUGACCUCCCCAGGAGAUGGCAAGAGGAAGGCCAGAUCCCCCACCAGCUCCCCGGGCUCGCCCAACCCGACCUCUCCCAAGCCCACCUCCCCCGUGGAGUGCUCCAUCUGCUUCAACACCUACGACAACACCUUCAAGACCCCCAAACUGCUCCAGUGCUCCCACGUUUUCUGCCUGGAAUGCGUGGCCCGCCUGAGCACGGGGCUGCCCCCCAACCAGCCCGAGGACCUGCUGCCCUGCCCCUUCUGCAGGCAGCUCACCAACAUCCCCCAGGAAGGCGCUCCCGCCCUGGAGACCAGCAAGGAGCUGCUGGCCACGCUGCCCCCGGAGCUGCAGCGGGAGAAGGUGCUGUGGAUGGAGGGCACCAAGCUGUGCUGCCGGAGGGCCUCGGACGACGCCGAGAACCCGGAGUCCUGCAUCUCCAUCGACGUGGCCAUGAGCAAGCCCGAGAGCCCCGAGGCGCCGCCGAGGGGGCUGGCGGGGAGGUUGUCCCGCUGCGAGGUGUGCGACGACUGGAAGCGCAUCCUCCUCCUCUCCGCCCUCGUCAUCAUCCUCUUCUGCAUCAUCCUCUGGCCGGUGCAGUGCGCCCUGAAGACGGGCAACAUGCGCUGCUUCACCAGGACUGUGGCCACCAUGAGCAGGCCCGAGUACCUGCCCCCCAAACCCACCACGGCGGCGGCGGCGGCGGCGACAGAACCCCCUUUUUUCCAGUAG